UGCCCUGCUUGAAGGGCUGGUGCCCUGGAGCAUCUCAGAGCUGGAGGGUGUCUGCCUGCGUAUCUGGAGUGGCUCCAGGUGGGCUCAGCCCCUCUGUUAAUAGGUAGCCACCCCUCGAGUCUUGCCUGCUGUGAUCCCCAGAUAAGCACCCAAGAUCACAUAUAAAGCACCGUGGCUGAGCUGGGCAGCAGCAGAAGAGGAUCCUGCUUGGUUCCAGGGGCUGGAUGCCUUCUGCCUCUCUCUGCUGAUCUUCAAGGACCUGCAGCUCUCUGUUUUCUUUAAAGUGUCUCUUGCUUUCCCUUAGUUCUUUCCAGGUGGCAAUGGGGCCAGAAGAAGUGAUGGUGCAGGUGGGCAGCCCAGGUCUCAUCUCAUCCACCGAGGUGCUGGUGGCAGCUGCCACUUUCUGUCUGCUCCUGCUGCUGACCCAGACCCGCCGGCAGAAUGUACCCAAGGGGCUGCGCAGCCCCCCAGGACCCCAUGGGCUCCCAGUGCUGGGCAGUGCAUUGGAGCUGAGGAAGGACACACACCUGGUGCUCACUGAGAUGAGCCGCAAAUAUGGGGAUGUGAUGGAGGUGACCAUCGGCUCCCGGCCUGUGGUGGUGCUCAGCGGGCUGGAAACCAUCAAGCAAGCCUUGGUGAGGCAAGCAGAAGACUUCAUGGGACGCCCCGACCUCUACAGCUUCCGACACGUUACGGAUGGACAGAGCCUGACCUUCAGCACUGACACGGGGGAAAUGUGGAAAGCCCGCAGGAAACUGGCACAGAAUGCCCUGAAGAACUUCUCCAUCGCUGCCAGCCCCACGGCCUCCUCCAGCUGCCUCCUGGAGGAGCACGUCACCAACGAGGCCAGCUACCUGGUCACCAAAUUCCUGCAGCUGAUGGAGGAGAAGCAGAGCUUUGACCCCUAUCGCUACACGGUGGUGUCAGUGGCCAACGUCAUCUGUGCCAUUUGCUUUGGCAAGCGCUACGACCAUGAAGACCAGGAGCUGCUCAAUGUGGUGAACGUGGUGGAUGAGUUUGUGAAUGUGACUGCUGUUGGCAACCUGGCUGACUUCAUCCCGCUGCUCCAGUACCUCCCCAGCCGCAACAUGGAUUUGUUUCUGGAUUUCAACAAGCGGUUAAUGAAACUGCUACAGGCAGCUGUGGAUGAGCACUACAAGACCUAUGACAAGAACAGCAUCCGAGACGUCACCGACUCCCUCAUUGAGCAGUGCAUGGAGAAAAAAGCCGAAGGCAGUGGUGCCCUUCAGAUCCCAAAUGAGAAGAUCAUCAACCUGGUGAAUGACAUCUUUGGGGCAGGCUUUGACACUGUGACAACCGCCCUGUCCUGGAGCCUCAUGUACCUCGUGACGUACCCCCACAUCCAGAAGAAGAUUCAGGCAGAGCUGGAUCAGACCAUUGGCCGGGAGAGGAGACCACGGCUGUCUGACCGAAGCAUGCUGCCCUACACAGAAGCCUUCAUCCUGGAGAUGUUCCGGCACUCCUCCUUCAUACCCUUCACCAUCCCACACAGCACAACCAGGGACACAGUGCUGAAUGGCUACUAUAUCCCAAAGGACCGCUGCGUGUUUAUCAACCAGUGGCAAGUGAACCAUGAUGAGAAACUUUGGAAGGAUCCACAGACUUUCAACCCAGAGCGGUUCCUCAAUGCUGAAGGGACUGAAUUGAACAAAGUGGAUGCAGAGAAAGUGAUGACUUUUGGCUUAGGGAAAAGGAGGUGCAUUGGGGAAAACAUAGCCAGGUGGGAGGUGUUCCUUUUCCUGUCCACAUUGCUCCAGCAACUGGAGUUCAGCAUCCGCGAUGGUGAGAAGGCGGACAUGACGCCUAUAUAUGGACUGACCAUGAAGCACAAGAGAUGUGAGCACUUUCAAGUCAAGAAACGCUUCUCCACAAAGAGCUCAAACUAAGCUGUUUAUCCAUAGCACAGACACUGCCACUUGGGUGCCCUGGGGUGCCCUGGGUCUGGCAUAACCUCACAGAACCGUGCAAUAAACAAAAGCCAUUGAAGGUCCCAUC